ACAAAGUUUUAUAUGUCAUUUGUGUUGUUUAUUUGUUAAUGAUGGGUACUCUCUAUAAGCUUGAACAUCUAAUGUUACAAUAACAUCAUAACAGUUAAUACGUAUCUGUUUCAAAGCAAUGUUAAUGAAUUGUUAUUGCAUUUAACUCUGAUUCACUGGGAAUAAUGCUUCAUGUCACAAGAUUGUAAAUGAUUAUUAUUGACCUUUACUUCUUUUCACUGGGAACAGUGCAUCAUGUCCAGAUUCAGUGAAGGAGCCAGAUCUCAAAUACUGCAAUGACUAUUCCCAGGUCUGCCAACAAGGGGUAAGUUGUUAUUACAAUGACAUUCUCUGGUCUGACAACAAGGGGUAAGUUUGUUAUUAAAAUGAUUUCUGCAAGAGCAAGUUUCAAAUACAAUUCUACAGAAUUUGAGUGUAAAAUCACAAGAAGCAAUCAUCAAGGCUUUUAUUUUUCAGAAGUCAUUAGCUGUAUGCUUUUGCAACCAAAUAAGAGGAAGCUACUGACAUUAAUAAUAUUAUUAUUAUAAUAUUAAUGGUUUCUUUUCAGUUUUGCACAGGCUCCUUGUGUCUAAAGGUUAGAACACCAGAAAAUGGGACAUUUCCAGGUGUUUGGGAGGAAUGCUUUGUUACACUGCCUGGUGACCUGACAGUACAACAAAAGGAGCAGCUGUGCUACUUAGCCUGUAAGAAGAAUGACUCUGAUGCUGUAUGCUAUGCCACAAACGAGAACCUGGACAGUUCUAAUGCCCUGUAUGUUCUCCUACAAGAUGUCAACCAGCGGAAACAGUCCAGCGGCGGAAUCAGACUAACAGCCGGUUCCCCCUGUAACAAUUACCAAGGUUACUGUGAUGUGUUUUCUCGUUGCCGUGGCGUUGAUAAUGAAGGACCACUACAGCGACUGAAGAACUUGAUAUUUAACGAAAAAACGCUGGCCAAUAUAAAGAACUGGAUUAUUUCUUACUGA